AUGUGGAAGCCAUCACAGUUGUUGGCCACGCCCGGGAGGAUAGGGGUUGGAGUAGUGAGCUUUGUGGUUGUGGAGGUCGCUGUAGUGGAAGUCGCUGUAGUGGAAGUCGUUGUAGUGGAAGUCGCUGUAGUGGAAGUCGCUGUAGUGGAAGUCGCUGUAGUGGAAGCCGCCGCGCUGGGGGUGGCUGUACCGGAUGCUGUCGCACUCGACGCUGCCGCGCUGGACGCCGCUGCGCUGGAUGCCGCUAUACUAGAUGCCGCUGCACUGGACGCCGCUGCACUGGACGCCACCGCACUGGAAGACGAUAUGCUAGACGCCGCUGCGCUAGAUGUGGACGCCGCUGCACUGGACGCCACCGCACUAGAAGACGAUAUGCUGGACGCCGCUAUACUGGACGCUGCUGCACUGGAUGCUGCUGCACUGGAAGACGAAAUACUGGACGCUGCGGCACUGGAAGCUGCGGCACUGGACGCCGCUAUACUAGACGCCGCUGCGCUGGAUGCCGCCGCACUGGAUGCCGCUAUGCUGGAGGCUGCCGCGCUAGAGACCGCCGCUAUGCUAGAUGCCGCUGCGCUAGAAGCUGCUGAACUAGAAGCGGCCGCACUGGAAGCGGCCGCACUAGAAGCUGCGGCACUGGAUGCCGCUAUACUGGACACCGCUGCACUGGAAGCUGCCGCACUGGACGCCGCUAUACUAGAUGCCGCUGCACUAGAUGCCGACGCACUGGACGCCGCUAUGCUAGAUGCCGCUGCACUGGAAGCUGCCGCACUAGAUGCCGCUGUGCUGGAUACCGGUACACUGGAAGUCGCUGCCGUGGAAGACGAUAUGGUUGAAGCCGCUGCACCGGAGGCUGCUAAAGUGGUCGUAGGCUGA